AGAGAGGCUGCUGCGGGCAGAGGCCGGGAGGACCCGGAGAGAGCUCCCGGACCUUCGGGGGGCGCCUUGGCCGCGAUGCCUUUCCUGCACGGCUUCCGAAGGAUCAUCUUCGAGUACCAGCCGCUCGUCGAUGCCAUCCUGGACUCCCUGGGCGUCCAGGACCCCGAGCAGCAGGAGCCCCUGGACAGGUCCAGCUAUGAGGCAAGCGAGGAAGGCCGGCUUCAGCUUCUGGAGGAGCUGCUACGCAGGAAGGCGCAGACUCCCUUCUACCAGGAGGGCGUGAGCAACGCGCUGCUGAAGAUGGCUGAGCUGGGGCUAACGCGUGCAGCUGCUGUCCUGCUAGAGAACGGGGCCAAUCUCCACUUCGAAGACCCUGUCACCUACUACACGGCCCUGCACAUUGCCGUCCUGAGGAACCAGCCCAACAUGGUGGAAUUGUUGGUGCGCCACGGUGCCGACAUCAACCGCAGGGACCGGAUCCAUGAGAGCAGCCCCCUGGACCUGGCCAGCGAGGAACCUGAGCGCCUGCCAUGCCUGCAGCGCCUCCUGGAUCUGGGCGCUGCUGUCAAUGCUGCUGACAAACAUGGGAAGACAGCGCUAUUGCACGCCCUGGCCAGCAGUGAUGGGGUGCAGAUCCACAACACGGAGAACAUCCGGCUGCUACUGGAAGGAGGGGCGGAUGUCAAGGCCAUCACCAAAGACGGCGACACGGUGUUCACCUGUAUCAUCUUCCUUCUGGGAGAGACAGUGGGCGGGGACCAGGAGGAGGCGCGCCUGGUCAGCCGCUUCUGCUUCCAGGUGACACGGCUGCUGCUGGCCCACGGGGCCGACCCCAGCGCCUGCCCGGCCCACGAGUCGCUCACCUACGUCUGCCUGCAGAGCUUCAAGCUGCACCUGGGGCUCCUGCGCUUCCUGCUAGACUCGGGUGCCGCCUACAACUGCUCGAGGCACGGCCCGGCCUGCUGGUCAGGUUUCCAGGUGGUCUUCGAGCGGCUCUGCCUCUGCAAUGGCCCCGGCCGCGCCGACGACGAGAGCCACAGCGAGCUGUUACAUAAAGCGGAGACGGUGUUGGAUCUCAUGGUGACCAGCGCGCCUCGGCUCCAACUGCCUGCCAACUUCGACGUGCGUCCCGUGGGCAGCCUGGCAGCCCGGGUCCAGGCCUUGUACAGCACCCUGCGCCAGCUGGCCCAUGGCCCGCCAUCCCUCCGCCACCUGUGCCGUGUGCGCAUCCGCCGCUGCCUGCAGCCCUGGCCCGUGGACGCCAAGGUGCGCACGCUGCCACUCCCCGACAGGCUCAAGUGGCUCCUUCUCAGCGAGCACAGCAGUGCCAGCAGUGACGAGGAGCCCUGAGGGGGCCCCGAUUUGCUAUGGACCUGCGGUGCAGGUGGCAGAUGGGGCUGAUCCCUCUUGCCACCAGCAGGAGGCUCCAGGAAAAAAGGGGGGUCCUGCCUCCCGUCUUCCCUCCAGCACAGCCUGCUGAAAAAGAGGAUAGACCUCCGAGGGAAGCCCAGAGCCAACCCAGCAGCAGCAGCUCAGGAAUGGGGUCCUGGACUCUGGGGUUGUGGCAGCUGCCUCUUUGCUAUUAAGAUUCUCCUCUCCUGGAUAUUGCAAGUUAAGAAAUAUUAAGACUGUUAAUCAGCCUUUGGGACAGGGGUGCCCCCUGCAUCAACCUUGUUGGCCACUGGGUGGAGCCCAGGAACAGAUAACUUAACAGCAUUAAACCCGUUUUUCUUGGC